UAAAAAAAUACUGUACAAAUUUGAAGCAACAUAAAAAUGGAAAGUCUUAAAAUGAGCAAACUUACUUCAGAACAAAACAAAAAUUAUACGGCUGCAUGCUUCUGAGAGAAUAGUCCUAAAGAACUGAAACUGGGUGACUAGCUGAGACCUGUUUGGCAGACUCCGGGGCAUUGGGAUAAGGAGAGCUGUCAUGCAGUGGCAGGCAGCUGGGACUCCCCUCUUUGGCUUUGUCUCUGUCCUUUCAGCCCGACUUUCAGAGAAAAUGUUUUUAGUUGAAAGAGGCAGUCUCCAAUUUCUGGUCUCCUUGGAGGAUCUCGGUGAUGUGCUGGUGGGCCUCACGAAUGAAGCGAACAGUGUAUCUUGAGAGAGUUUAUACAUGAGUUGAGAACACAUUGAAAAUGAAUUCGAAGCCCCAUACAUCAGGACAGAUGCCACCAAGGCUCAACCUAUAUAAACAUGGGUGUUCAUGUUGGGAGAGUGAGGCAGCGGUGGCGGGAUGCCUGCCUUAUCCUUACUUACUGUAAUAGACCACCGAGGGAGGGGGAGAAGGAAAACCCAUCUCCUGUACUGAAGAAUUAGCUGCUGCUCUUGCGGACGAACCCGUUUCUCCUGCUCCACCAUUCCCCGCUCAGCUCUGCCACCCAGAGGAGGAGGAAGCUGCCCUGUGCAGCUAAGCCUCUGCUGGUGGGUUCUGAGGACUCUGCAUCCUAGGGCAGCUGGAACUGCUCCAGGCCUCCUUCAUUAGGCUAUGUCAGGGUUGUCAGGGCAACUGUUCACAGCAGGCAUCAUGUCAUCUUUUGCCCUCCGCUGCAUGCUGAAUGUUUUGCUGUGCAGUAGCAAAAAGAAGACUGGGAAAGCUGGCUCUGAUUGACCAGGCUAGGCAGUCCGAGGGAGGCAUCAGAACCUGCGUGCCUUUAAUAGAAGCCUUCUGGAAUGGGUGUGUGCGCGCGUGCGCGUGUGUGCAUGUGCGAGAGUGUUUACUCACCAGUGCCUGUGCCUAUUGGGGGGAGUAAGUGGGAGGGGGCUGCUGCUAGGUGAGGGGCAGCAGCAGGGCCUCAGUUGCCAAGUAGCUGGUAGUAUCUGUCAGCUGUUCGCACUGUUUACCCAUAGGGGAUCUAUUACAAGUGCUCAAAUGAACAGGCAGCUUAGGAGCUAGCAGCUUCUGGGAGCUGCAAUUACAUAAGCAUAUAUAUUUAAUAUAAUUGCCGAACAAGUAGCAGCGUUAUGCCUGGGUCAGCUACAGCGAUCCGACAAGAGAGACUGAAGAAGACUCCUGCAAGGACAAUCCCCCUUGCUCUAUUCACCAUUAACGAGGAAGAUGAGCUGCAGAAGAGUGGAAACGCCAGAAGACCCAAAGCGUCUGAUGGCUAUAAAGUACAAGAGAAGAGAACUGCCCCCAGCCGCCCCACUUCUACGGUUUCAGGACAAACUAGCAACCACUCAGGAAACAAACCAGAUCCCCCACCUGUGCUACGGGUUGAUGACCGGCAGCGGCUAGCCAGAGAACGCCGAGAGGAACGAGAAAAACAGCUAGCUGCACGAGAAACCGUCUGGCUAGAGAGAGAAGAGCGAGCCCGGCAGCACUAUGAGAGGCAUCUGGAGGCGAGGAAGAAGAAGCUGGAGGACCAACGGCUGAAGGAGGAGCGGAGGAGGGCUGCGGUGGAGGAGAAGCGGAGGCAGAGGCUGGAGGAGGACAAGGAGCGCCAUGAAGCUGUUGUCCGACGGACGAUGGAAAGGAGCCAGAAGCCAAGGCAGAAGUCUAACCGCUGGUCCUGGGGAAGCCCUCUCCAUGGGAGCUCGAGCAUCCACAGUGGAGAUCCAGACAGGCGCUCAGUUUCCACCAUGAAUCUUUCGAAACAUGUUGAUCCUGUCAUUAGCAAGCGGCUCUCCUCCUCGUCUGCAACUUUGCUAAACUCUCCAGAUAGAGCUCGCCGCCUGCAGCUCAGCCCCUGGGAGAGCAGCGUUGUUAGCAGACUUCUGACGCCCACACAUUCGUUCCUGGCCAGAAGCAAAAGCACGGCCGCCUUGUCUGGAGACACAGUUAUCCCCAUUUGUCCUCGUUCAGCAUCUUGCAGCCCCAUCAUCAUGCCCUUCAAAGCUGCACACUCUAGAAACCCAGUGGACCGACCAAAACUCUUUGUAACACCGCCUGAGGGCUCUGCACGAAGGAGGACCAUUCAUGGAGUAGCGAGCCAUAAAAGAGAGCGAGAAAGAGAACAUGUUCCCUUCCACGUUUCCCCGGGUGCCCGCAGGACUCUGUCUCCAUCUAAUCUCAAAGCAAGAUCACCGGCUCCGGCCCGCCUUUGGCUCCCAUCCAAGUCCAUGCCUCAUCUACCUGGUACUCCCCGGCCUGCAUCCUCCUUGCCUCCCGGCUCAGUCAGAGCUGCUUCCACUCAGGCCCCCUCCUCGUCUUCUGGCAACAUCCGGCCUGUCAAGAGAGAAGUGAAAGUGGAGCCUGAGAAGAAAGACCCUUUACCCGCAGUAAAGGGCAGGGUGCCAUUAGUGAAGGUAGAGGAGGUCACAGUCGAAGAGGGGACACCCGUGAAGCCACCUGACCCUGCUGCUCCAGCCUCGGCCCCCAUUGCAACCUCAGCCCCUGCUCCAGCUACGGACCCAGCCCCAGUCCCUGCACCAUCGUCCACUGUGACUGUCAGUGUAGUUCCUAAGACUUCUGCAGGCACCACCGACCCAGAGGAGGCUACGAGGCUGCUUGCUGAGAAGAGGCGUCUAGCCAGAGAGCAGAGGGAGAAGGAGGAACGGGAAAGGAAGGAAAAGGAAGAGCUGGAGAGACAAAAGAUAGAGGAAUUGGCCCGAAGGGUGGCUGAAGAGCGAAGUCGCAGGGAAGAAGAAGCCCGCAGGCUGGAAGCGGAGCAGGCUCGAGAGAAAGAGGAGCUGGCACUGCGUCUGGCUGAGGAGGAGCGGGAGCGGUGGGAGAAGGAGGAGGUGGAGCGCGUGCAGAAGCAGAAAGAAGAAGAAGCCCGAGCCCGGGAGGAGGCAGAGAGGGCUCGGCAGGAACGAGAGAAGCAUUUCCAGAAAGAAGAGCAGGAACGGCUGGAGAGGAAGAAGCGACUUGAAGAGAUUAUGAGAAGAACCAGGAGGACAGAGACAGCUGAUAAGAAAACCACUGAGCAAAGAAAUGGUGACAUAGCCAAAGGAGUUCUCGCUGGAGAGACAGAAGUACCUGCACUGCCGUGUAUGGCCUCUCCAGGAAACGGAGAGUCUGCAGAGAGCCCACAUGGAGUCGCUUUACAGCAAUCAGAAGUGACCACAGAGAGUUCUCCAGAUUUGGAAAAACAGCCAAAUGAAAAUGGAAUGUCCGUACAAAAUGAAAAAUUUGAAGAAGUUAUAAACUUACCUGUUGGAUCAAAAGCGUCCAGAUUAGAUGUCACCAAUGAGAACCCAGAAAUUCCUUUGAAACCAAUUUUGGCCUUUAAUGAUGAAGGGACACUUGGGCCCCUACCUCAGGUAGAUGGUGUGCAGACACAGCAGACCGCAGAAGUUAUAUGAGCGUUUCCUCCAAAGAACCGAAGCAAACAUUUUCUACAGUGAAUGGAAUUUCAGGCUCAAAGCAGCUCCUCCCUCUGGUUUUCUAAAGAGUUCCUGACCAUCAUUUUUAAAAGACAUAUUAAAGCCAGCUAAAGACAACAGACUCAGUAGCUUUCCUGAUCAUUUUCGCCAACAGAAAGAGAUGGCUCCUUAAUCUGGUACCCUGAGAUGGCAUUUUUCAGUGUGUUCCUUCUUAGUAAAUCAAUAUUUUCUGUGUUCUUUAAAAACACAAAAGAGCAUUUUAUUAUAAAAAGAAAUGGACUGGCAAGGCGUGAUUAUCACACAGAUCUUUUUUUCAUUUUUAAACUUCAGUAUAUAAGAUUAGCAAAAAUAAAAUACCUUUUACAAUGUAACACUUGACAGUGGGUAUCUCUUUGCCCUCCAGGCAGAGUGAGUGGAAGGUAUUUAAACAAAUCGGAUUGUUUAAAUAUUACUGUGAAAACAGUUUGUAGAAGCAGAAGGUAGCCAGGUUACCUGGCUCUCGUAAACACAGCUCAUCGCGGGCAUCCUGCAAGACCCCUGCUGCCACAGCCUUCUGAGACUCCUCUUACAGAACUACACUGGCAAGUUUGAAAAUGUGAAAACAUUUUUUUUACAGCAGGAAAAUAAUUUGCUGUCCUCUUUGUUUUCUGUUUUUGUUUUUGUUUUCCUACUUUUUGGAGAAUGGGUUUCUCUGUGUAGCCCUGGCUGUCCUAGAACUGGCUCUGCAGACCAGACUGACGUCAGACUCAGUCUCUGCUUCCUGAGUGCCGAGAUCGAAGACGCGCACCAACCCCGCCUGGCUCAGCCGUCCUCUUAAGUGAUAUAUUUAUAAAAGCUUUUUUUUUCAGCUGGAUAAAUUAAAGCAAGGCUGGGUGCAGACAUGCUCUAGCAGACAUCUCCGCCUGCCGCCAUGGGAGCGUGGAUGUCCUUGUGAGGCGCUCUGAAGUUGUAUGCUGCUGCCACCCGCAGUGAGGGUGGGACUCCUCUCCCUUUGCCUUACGUGAUCACAAAUGAUGUGGGGGAAAUAAAUAUUUAAUAUUCCUUUAGAUCAAAGAAUUUGGUUCUGCUCGUUUCAGAGCAAUGAAAAAUAAGUGAUGUCACGUUGACGUUAGGGGACAAGGACUGACGUAGAUGUCCUUGGUGUAUAGGGACUGUCAGCCUCUCCUGUCUUAUCAUUCUUCACUCCUGCUGCUCAGCCCUGCUGUAUAAACUUGCACUUUCAUUUGCUAAUAUAAAUUCAAUUUUAUUUUCCCACUUAUGAGACGACCAGUGAGAGACAGAGACAGGAGCGCCAAGAGCAAUGGUGUAUCCCUCCCAUUAUGAUGUAUUGGUUUUAUACUAAGAGCAAUUGGUUAAUCUACAAGAUUUAAUAUGAGACUAUUUAUUCAUCUAUUGGGGUUCUUUUAAAUCCAAGCAUACAAUCUUUAUCAACAGUUUGUAAAACAUUGUUAAAACAUCAGUUUGUGGAGUUUCCCUAUUUGGUUGUCCUUAUACAUCUAGAUAUUGUAUUAAAAAAAUCUGUUCAGCAAACUUGUUCUAUUUAUUUAAAUCUACCAAACAUAAAAUACAAAUAAAAUGUUUGACAUAGUUUUGCCUUAGGGAUCCUGUGGUUUGACUUCCUUCAGGUAAAUACACACAGGCACACAUACAUCCUGUCUGCACAGAGGGCCUCUUUCCGUCAUGAGACUAAUCUUUCCACUUCUAAACUACACCUCUGCCCCAUGAUUG